CUAAAAAUAACAUUUUCUCAUAUGUUCAAAAUCACUGAAAAAUAACUGAAAUUCACGUUACAAGAGUCCACGAGACACCAGUUAAAACAGAUAUUUCUUUCAUUUGGCAAUAAGCAAAAUCCUCCAUAGUCCUAUAGAACUUACAUUCCACCAUGGCCAGACGUUCACUUUUGAAAAUGUACAAUAAGGUAUUGGACAACAUGGAAGUUCCAAAUCCUUUGCAUCAUAAUAAUUACGUAAACUCCAAACUUUCAAAUAGCGAACCAGACGAACCUUCCUAUUCUACCGAUUGCAAGUGUAUAUCUAGCUAUGAUGUGAACAAAAAGAAUUACAGUACCGACAGUACAUUAUCCCGGGAAAAUAAGAGAACCAGGAAGGGACAGUUCUCGCCGCUGAGAUCAGAUUCAAAUCCUUACAUCACCCCUAAGUUCCAAUUGCGUCGAAAAGAAGAAUUGCCGUCCGUCACGCCCCACUGGUCCAACAGCAAAGGUAUGGAGCUAAAGGAAACUGUUCCAACCGUCUUAAACGACGAAGAAUACAGCACUAAUUCAUUUGGAAGAGCACAAAGUUUCAUUAGAAAUGGGGGAGGAUCUAGAAUAAGUUCGUACACUAAUUCACAAACAGGGCCAUACACGCCGCCACAAUUUUUUUUCUCGCCACAAAAAUACAUUGAAACGUCUAGAACGAAAAAAGACAUUCUGGUUUCUAUAGAUAAUAAGGUCCCUCCUUCUCUCCAGAGCUGGGCCAACCAAAAGCCUUUGCACGCUCAAGACAACCGAGAAUUGCAAGACCUCACGAAAGACGUAGAAAAUGAAAAAUCAGUUCAACGUUUAAGAGAACAUAGAGUAAGAGAGGGCCAAAAAGUAAAACUUGCUAAUUCUGAGCCACGUUCUAAGCAAUACCACAACAACGAAAGAUAUAAUAAAAGUGAAGUACAUCGAGGAUUAAACGCAAAAAAUAAUUUUCAAGAAAAAAGCCAAACGGCCCUCAAAAGCAAAUCCAAAGAUUUCAAACAUGGUCAUCUUUCCAAAACAAAACACAAUUUUCGAGGAAACGAAGACGGCGUGAACAAUCCUUCUAUAAAAAGAUAUAAAAAACUUCAUGAUAAAAGUAGAAGUACGACAACAAAUGCCAUUGAUACUUGGAGACAGGCUUUAGAUAACAAACUAAACGAUAAGCUGAAAAGCGAUGACAAAAAACCCAAACAAGUUUAUGGAAAUGAUUCCUGGAGGCAAAAACACCGUAAUAUCUACAAACAAGAAAAGGAUGCAUUGAUUGCAGACUCAAAAGAAAUCGACAAGAAAAAUGUGUACGGGAACGAGACGUGGAAAAAGAAUAUAUCAACCAGACCCAAGGAACCGAAAAAUACAGUCGAAAGUGAGCUACCUGCCACUAAAUCGAAAAGAUAUUCUACGGCCAACCAACUGGAGCAGAAGGUACAAAGCCAGAAAGUACAAGAAAAAGUCAGCAAAGAUACCAGGACGAAUUUAAUGUCUAAUCAGCAAAACAACCAGAAAAACGACAGCAACACAGAGUACGAGGAUAAAGAGUUAUUAGAAACUGAUAACAGAUGGGAAGAUAUCGAGCCGUAUCUCCCUUCUUUUCUUUCCACUACUAAACGAGAAAUGGUCAAAGAACAUAAUAAACCCAUCCCACCACCGCAGCAAGUAAAACCUAAUGAAAAAGAAAAUAUAAAUAAAAAAAAGGAAAACAAAUCGAAAGGCAGCAUGUCCGCCUCGACUAAAAGCAAAGCCAAAGAAGGACCGCUUACGAAAGUGAAACGAGCCUACCAAUGUUUCUUCCAACCAGUGGUCAAAAAUAAAAACAAAGAAGAUAGCAUAUCGUUAUUCAAACAUUUCCAAACAAGAAGUAAAAUGCUUCGGAAACAGCAUAGUAUGCUAGGAAAAAAGAAAGCUAAUCUAAUGAAAAAUCAAAGAAGAACGCUCUCUGCCAAAAACGUCAUAAAUUAUUACAUUUCUCAACGUGAUUUAGAAGAAAAUGAAAACGAAGCGGAGAAAAAAAAAGAGGAUGAGACCUCUUUCAGGUCAGGUACAGUAUGUGACAUCGACGACGAUGGUUUCAAAGUUAGUCCUUCCAACUUAGACCCUGACUCCAUAUCUACCUGGCAAACUGAAAACAGACAAAGAAUCGAUAGCUUAUUAGGAUAUGAUGGACUAUUCGGUAUUUGAUCCGUGCUGUUGGCAGUACUGUUCGUUGAUAGUGGCGUUUUAACAUCAUUAAGAUGUGAAAAUAAAUGUUUUGUGGCUUCA